AUGGGGGCCGCCCGGAUCGCGCCCGGCCUGGCGCUCUUGCUCUGCUGCCCGGUGCUCAGCUCCGCAUACGCGCUGGUGGAUGCAGAUGACGUCAUGACCAAAGAGGAGCAGAUCUUCCUGCUGCACCGCGCCCAGGCCCAGUGUGAGAAGCGGCUCAAAGAAGUCCUGCAGAGGCCAGGGCGCCCCUGCCUGCCGGAGUGGGACCACAUCCUUUGCUGGCCGAUGGGGGCUCCAGGGGAGGUGGUAGCCAUGCCCUGUCCCGACUACAUUUACGACUUCAAUCACAAAGGCCAUGCCUACCGCCGCUGUGACCGCAAUGGCAGCUGGGAGCUGGUGCCGGGGCACAACCGCACGUGGGCCAACUACAGCGAGUGCGUCAAGUUCCUGACCAAUGAGACGCGCGAACGGGAGGUGUUUGACCGCCUGGGCAUGAUCUACACCGUGGGCUACUCCGUCUCGCUUGCAUCUCUCACCGUGGCGGUCCUCAUCCUGGCCUACUUUAGGAGGCUGCACUGCACACGCAAUUACAUCCACAUGCAUCUGUUCCUGUCCUUCAUGCUUCGCGCCGUGAGCAUCUUUGUCAAGGACGCGGUUCUCUACUCGGGCACCGCCCUCGACGAGGCUGAGCGCCUCACGGAGGAAGAGCUGCGCGCCAUCGCCCAGGCACCGCCGCCGCCCGCCGCCGCCGCCGGCUACGUGGGCUGCCGGGUGGCUGUGACCGUCUUCCUUUACUUCCUGGCCACCAACUACUACUGGAUUCUGGUGGAGGGGCUGUAUCUGCAUAGCCUCAUCUUCAUGGCCUUCUUCUCAGAGAAGAAGUACCUCUGGGGCUUCACAGUCUUCGGCUGGGGUCUGCCUGCCAUCUUCGUGGCUGUGUGGGUCGGUGUGAGAGCUACCCUGGCCAACACCGGGUGCUGGGAUCUCAGCUCUGGGAACAAGAAAUGGAUCAUCCAGGUGCCCAUCCUGGCCUCUAUUGUGCUCAACUUCAUCCUCUUCAUCAACAUCGUCCGGGUUCUGGCCACCAAGCUGCGGGAGACCAACGCUGGCCGGUGUGACACGCGGCAGCAGUACCGGAAGCUGCUCAAAUCCACACUGGUGCUCAUGCCGCUCUUUGGCGUCCACUACAUCGUCUUCAUGGCCACGCCGUACACCGAGGUCUCAGGGACGCUCUGGCAAGUCCAGAUGCACUACGAGAUGCUCUUCAACUCCUUCCAGGGAUUUUUUGUUGCCAUCAUAUACUGUUUCUGCAAUGGUGAGGUACAGGCUGAGAUCAAGAAAUCCUGGAGCCGUUGGACACUGGCACUGGACUUCAAGCGCAAGGCACGCAGCGGGAGCAGCAGCUACAGCUACGGUCCGAUGGUGUCUCACACGAGUGUGACCAACGUAGGGCCCCGCACGGGACUGGGCCUGCCCCUCAGCCCCCGUCUGCUGCCCGCGGCCACCACCAACGGCCACCCGCCGCUGCCCGGCCACACCAAGUCAGGGUCCCCGGCUCUACAGGCCACACCGCCUGCCGUGGCCGCUCCUAAGGAAGAUGGAUUCCUCAACGGCUCCUGCUCGGGGCUGGAUGAGGAGGCCUGUGCACCAGAGAGGCCACCUGUCCUGCUGCAGGAGGAGUGGGAGACAGUCAUGUGA